AUGGGACCCCGGAAUAUGUCCUCCAUCAUGGAGUUCCAGCUCUUGGGGUUCCAGAGCCUCCUGGCAUGGCAAGCCUUCCUCUUUGUCAUCUUCCUGUGCAUCUAUCUCCUCAAUGUCACAGGGACCAUGCUCGUCAUCAUCAUGGUGAGCCAGGACCCACACCUGCACACACCUAUGUUCGUGUUCCUCAAGUACCUGUCCCUCCUAGAGAUCCUGUGCACCUCCACCAUCAUGCCCUGGCUCCUGGCCAACCUCUCCUCCUGGGCCCAUGCCAACUCCUUCCCUGCCUGCGUGGUUCAGUGCUACUUCUUCAUGUUCUUUGGGGCCACAGAGUGCUUCCUUCUGGCCACAAUGGCUUAUGACUGCUACCUGCCCUUUUGCAGCCUGCUGCCCUACUCCUCCCUCAUGAGUGCAGACACCUGCAGCCAGCUGGUGGCUCUCUGCUGGCUCACAGGUGUGGGCACUGCCUUCCCGCCUUCCCUGACAAUCUGUAGGCUGGACUUCUGUGGGCCCAACCAGAUCAACCACUUCUCCUGCUCCCUUCCCCCGCUGAUGCAGCUCACCUGCUCCAGCGUCCACUACACAGAGCUGCUCAUCUUCAUCCUCUCCAUCGCAGUGCUGUGUGUUUGCUUCUUCCUGAUGCUCAUGUCCUACAUCUCCAUCGUGUCCUCCAUCCUGAGAAUCCCAUCAGUGGUAGGCCACACUAAGGCCUUCUCUACCUGCGGCUCCCACCUGGCAGUUGUCACCAUCUACUACAUGACCAUGAUAUCCAUGUACAUGCGUCCCGAUGUGCACCUGUCUCCUGAAGCCAACAAGGUCAUCUCUGUCUCCUACACUGUGGUCACACCACUACUGAACCUAGUUAUCUACAGCUUGAGGAACAGAGACUUCAAACAGGCUGUGAGAGCAGCCAUGGAAAGGAAGUGCAGCAGCUACAGGGUGAGGGUGAGGGGAGGGAUCUUCAUCAGAUGUCAGAGUCUUGGGAGGCACAUGGAGGAGCACAGCCAUGAAAGAGGCCCUCACUGA